CAAGCUCCUUUUUCUGCUUCGGGGGACAGUGAAUCCCUCUUAUCUUAUUUUGACUUUUGGCGUCCUAAUUCUGUUUGGAUGUGGGGGCAGUUUUUGCCUAACUUUGGCUUCCGAAGUCCGGUAGGGGACGACAGUUCCUUCGUUUUUGCUGGCAAGAUGUUUUGAGAAUCCACUCUUACCUAUGAUACUCUCCGGUUUGCCGAAUUUGAGGAUUUUCCUGAGACCUCAGAGCCUGUUUGGAUCCUGGGCAGAAAAUACAGCAUUUGCACAGAGAAGCAUGAGAUCUUGUCUGAUGUGGCAUCCAGAUUUUGGUUCACCUACAGGAGAAAUUUUCCAGCCAUUGGGGGAACUGGCCCUACCUCAGACACAGGCUGGGGAUGCAUGCUGCGAUGUGGACAGAUGAUCUUUGCUCAGGCCCUGGUGUGCCAACACUUAGGCCGAGAUUGGAGAUGGGCACAACGGAAGAGGCAGCCUGACAGCUACUUUAGUGUCCUCAACGCUUUUCUUGACAGAAAAGACAGCUACUACUCCAUCCACCAGAUAGCACAAAUGGGAGUUGGUGAAGGCAAAUCUAUAGGCCAGUGGUACGGGCCGAACACCGUUGCCCAGGUCCUCAAGAAGCUUGCUGUGUUUGACACAUGGAGCUCCUUGGCUGUUCACAUAGCAAUGGACAACACUGUGGUGAUGGAGGAAAUCAGAAGGUUGUGCAAGGCCAGCCUUCCCUGUGCAGGGGCAGCUUUGCUUCCUGCAGAUUCUGAGCAACAUUGUAAUGGGUUCCCUGCUGGAGCUGAAGUUAACCACAGGCCAUCUCCCUGGAGACCACUGGUGCUUCUCAUCCCUCUGCGCCUGGGGCUCACAGACAUCAAUGAAGCCUAUGUGGAGACACUGAAGCACUGUUUCAUGAUGCCUCAGUCCCUGGGGGUCAUUGGAGGGAAGCCCAACAGUGCCCACUAUUUCAUUGGUUAUGUUGGUGAGGAGCUCAUCUACCUGGAUCCUCACACGACACAGCCUGCGGUGGAGCUGACUGACAGCUGCUUUAUCCCUGAUGAGAGUUUCCACUGCCAGCACCCUCCCUGUAGAAUGGGCAUCGGGGAGCUUGACCCAUCCAUUGCUGUGGGGUUUUUCUGUAAGACUGAAGACGACUUUAACGACUGGUGUCAGCGAGUCAAAAAGCUGUCUCUGCUUGGAGGUGCCCUGCCCAUGUUUGAACUGGUAGAGCAGCAACCUUCCCAUCUGGCCUGUCCUGAUGUCCUGAACCUGUCCUUAGAUUCUUCUGAAGUAGAGCGACUGGAAAGAUUUUUUGACUCUGAGGAUGAAGACUUUGAAAUCUUGUCCCUCUGAAAAUCCUAGGGUUGGGAGAUGGCCCCCACGGCCCUUGCUGAGGCGCUUUGAGGACCCAGACCUGCCUUGGGUGCUCAGUGCCACUGCAUUCCAUUCACCUAGCCCACCCCUGCCUCUGUCCAGAAGGCCCAUUCUGCUUGUGGACUGAGGACUGCGCUGCCUGGAGGCCUUACUGCUUGGAGUUAGACUGCCUAACCCUGAACAUAUUUCAGGACCCUUUCUCAUAAGGAGCUGCCCAUCAGGAGGCCCAGAGCAGUGGGUUAGGAACUUCCAGAGUUCUGUUUGACACUGCCAGCCCUGGUCAGCACAUCAGCUUCAGUCCUUUCUCCUGGGCAUCUGGGACUGUGGUUUCUUUGGAAUUAAAGCUGGUCAACAGACGUGAAUUUCUGGGCACCUUCCAGGUUAGUCUUGGAAGAUCUAUAGGUUGGUUUGUGCAGUGACAGCCACAUUGUGGCCUUGUGCUGCUGGGCAGGGUGAGCUUUGGACUGUGUCCCCUUUGCCCAGUGUGAUUUAUCAAGGGCUACCUCAGUGGGAGAAAAUGUGGAAAGAAUUAACAAGGCUGCUGCUUUUGGAGAGAGAAAUAUUCCAGUGGGGCACAUGGGAAAUCCAAAGAUAUUAGUGUGCAUGGACAUCUGAGCUAUUGGGCAGCUAAGUCCUUGGAGUGUCUUCUGGAGCCAUGGUCCUCAGAGCUUUACCCUUCAGGGUAGAGCUUUUUGUCUCCUUGAAGGGGUUGCUGCAUUUAAGAUGCAUUGUUUGUUACAUGCUUACCACUCAGCUUUUCCCUGGGAAGAGGGGAGCAGAACUGCCCUUUGCUCGUAACAUUAUGCUCACUGGAAGGAUGGCACUGGUGGGGUGGCACGUGUUGCCCUUGCCUUCCUUUCUCCAUGUAGCCCUUCUCAGAACUACCCUCCUGGUUCACUGAGGUGUUAGAUGGUUUGGGGCAAAAGGGUGAGUGUUCUUCAGCAUUGUGGUUCAACAGACAUUUGGGCAGGGCAGGCUUGGCUCCUGGUGUCAGUGGUUGAAGUGUCCAUACCCUCCUCAGCACUCAUUUCAACACCUGCUGCCUUCUAACCCAGCCUUCCUGGACCCCUAAACCUUGCAUCAUUGUUCUGCUGCCCAUCCUAGAAGGAGGCAAGGAGAUGGGAACAGGGUUUGGCAGUAUGGAGUGGCCACUACCGCCUUCCCUGAAAGCCCUUUCUGAGGAGCUGCACUUGUUCCCUGGUGUGUCCCAGACAUGGCAGCUCUAAGUGGACUACCAAAGUAGCAGUGAACACCACAGCCACCCAAGUGUUGAUGUAAUUUAUUUCCUGCUUUCACUCUCACACCCUCUCCCUUAGCUUUAGGUGGGAUGGGAUGGCAGGGAUGGUGGGAACAGUUUGCAUUCCUUCCAGAGUCUGCUCAUGAGUAUAGUGGCCACUGUGUUGCUGUGCUCCUGCUGUUGGUACCAAGGGUGGACGCGUGGGACACAAUUUGGGGGAGCUCUCUCAUGGCUUGAGAAAGACUUCCUGAAGAGGCUGUUCAUUCUUAGUAGUGUAGUUUGCAGUUCUUAAUAGCAAAUAAUAAAUUUCAGUAGAAAAGUU